UAAACAACUUAAAUGUAACGUAUUACGAUCAUAAACGUAAGCAUACUCAUUUUUGAAAAUCAUAAAAGAAAAGAAGGCGGUUUGAAUCUAAACACAUCAAAAAGAAAUACUUAGGAUAGCCGCAACACGAUACGGCGAAUGAAUUGGCUAUCGUUCGAUUCCAUUGGUUUAAUACAUGUGCAUGCUGAGCUGCAAACAUCUCAUUUUUGAAAGAAAAGGUCAACACGAUGUAUUCAACAGCACUAUCCAUGUUAGUCUUCACGGGUGCGGUGAUCUCUGGGCUUUGCCAAGAGGCCAAAGAGACUUGUCAAAUUGGGGAAUACACGUGUAAAUGUAAAUCAGUGGGGGGUCACACUGAAGUACUUUGUAUUAAUAUCAGCGAUACAAUACUAAAGAAGCUGCAUCCCCCACCAGAGAAAAACAUUAAUUCAUUAAGUUUGGCUUAUAACCGAAUAGAACAGGCCCCCAACGACGCAUUUGAUUCUCUGAACGCUACACUUCAGAAUUUAACAUUAACUCACAAUAACUUGGAAAGAAUACCAGCGAGUAUCCUAACACUUUCAAAAAUGCAGGAAAUAUUAUUGGAUUUCAAUUCCAUUUCUGUCGUUAGUAAUAACACGUUCCAAGGUCUUACACAGCUACGUAGGAUUAACCUGAACAAGAACAAGAUUGAAACAAUUGAAAAUCAAGCUUUUCAAGGACUGGACUGUUUGACAAAUCUAGAGAUGCAAGGAAAUGGCUUGAGAUCUGUACCCACUCAAGCAUUAAGUGUCUUGGAGUCCCUUGAGGUGUUGAUACUGUCAGAUAACUAUAUUAAAUCGAUUCCUUCGGGUGCUUUCACGAGCAACAUACGAUUGAAAAACAUUGACUUAUCUCGUAAUGAAUUAGUUAUAGCUAAUUCCAUUGAUGCGUUUGUCGGGUUGGAAUGCACACUUGAAGUGUUGAACUUGGGGUUCAACUUCCUCACAGAAGUCCCCUCUAAUGCCCUGAAUCGUCUAAGUAGUUUGAAAAUACUAGACCUGCGUAAUAACUUUUUCAGGAACGUCUCAGCUAAUGCUUUCACUGGCUUGUCAUCACUUGCUAAAUUGUUGCUCCAGGGUGGAACAAUCACUAACAUAGAUGAUAAUGCUUUGGUAGGCCUUGAAAACACACUAAAUACACUCAACCUUGGAAGUAAUGAAAUUGAAAGCAUUGACCUCUGUAUGAUGAACCCGUUCACAAGUCUGAACGAUUUUUACAUCUCCUAUAACAGCAUCCCGUGUAAUUGUUCAUAUAUUUGGCUGAGAAAAUGGUUAAGUCGCAGUUAUUACAAAAGUAAUUGCUUAUCGGAUAAAACUGUAUCAGGAUUUCAAGAAUGGGAAAGUUUUCUUAAUAAUUGUCAGAAUAUCCAAAUAACAAAUUGUAGCAGCCCCUCUGUAGCAGAAGAACCACCAACUGGUAAAGUGUGUAAGGCAACAGAUGUAGCAUCAUGCAGUGUAGUCCCAAAUGAGUCAAUAACACCAACAACCAUAACUCAACCAACUGUUGGACUAACAACUCAUACAGGACCAACGUCAGAAUCAGUGUUAGUAUCGACUCAAACAUUAUUGACCUCAGUAGCAACACAAGCAGAAGCAACGUCAGUAGCAACACAAGGAUUACCGGCGUCAUUACCAACACGAGUACUCGCAACGUCAGAGCCAACACAUGAAUUAUUGACUUCAGUACCGACACAAGUAGUAGCAAUGUCAGUAUCAACACAAGCAUUAUCGCCAUUAUUACCAUCACAAGCUCUCACAACGUCAUUAUCAAAAUCUGCACCAACACCACCACUUGCGUCAGCAAUGAUAGAAUCAGAAUGGAUCCCAACACUUACAACAUCAGUACCAAAACGAGCACAGAUAGUAUCAGUACCAACAGUAACACCAAUGUCUGUUUCAACUUUACCAGCACCAUCAGUAAACACAAAACCAACAACCAACAUAUCAAAUAAUGACACAGGUAAACCAAGCGAAUCACAAAAUACCGGAAUGAUAGCAGGUGUAGUGGUGUCAUUAGUGCUGUUAGCAAUUCUCAUAGCUCUUGCAAUUUAUUUCAUAAUCUACAAGCGAAAGGCCGGACAAUGUAUGUUACGUUCCCAUAGCAUCAGAUCAAGAGGAUAUAGAGAAACAGACGCAUUAGUCCUGCGUUAA